AUGUUGCCGCCGACGCGUGGCCAGGCCGCAGACCAGUCUGGUCCGGUCCGGUCGUGUCCAGCCGCCUUCCAGAAGCCCUCGGGCCUGCUGGUACCGAUGCCCGGCAGACUGUCGAGGUCGCUCAAGUUGCGCUUGGCCUGUCGAGGCAUGGACGUGCAACGGAGGAGUUUCGAGACCCUUCGAUCGGAGGCGAAAAAGACCGCUUCUGCCAGCGAAGGUGUCGACGCGUGUGGCGGCGCAGAUGACGUCAGCCAAGAAGGGCUGUCGAUGAGAUGUCGAGGACGGCAGGAGGCGGCGACAUGUAAAAAGGGGGCUCCUCUCUCCUCCUCCUCCUCCUCCGCCUCUUCCUCUUCCUCCUCCUCCUCCUCCUGCUCCUCACCCUCCUCCUCCGCCUCCUCUUCUUCCGCAUCGUCAGCCUCGCUGUCUGCUUCCUAUCUCUCCUUUCGGUCGACGUUCGCCUAUCUGCCCAGUCUUCCCGUCUUCUCGCCCAACAGACCAUUCGGUCUCGCUGUAUCCAACGCAAGACCCGUAGGCAUGGCUGUCGGCAAGACCAGAUCUUUCAUCGGAUUCUGCAAUCAUCUGCCAGUCGGUAGACCUCCCUUCAGUGCUAGC